AUGAAAUUGUGGAACAGUCGUAAAUGUAGUGGACAAGUGGCAAUCGUUUUCACGUAUUCAAGUUUCUACAGUGAUGUGGCACGAGCAACUACAAUGGUUGGAUAUAGUCGCACACUGCCGAAGCUUGUGAUCGUGGCCAUGGGCACUGGUGUGGACGUGCAUCUGCUGAAGGCGAUUACGGGUUCGGUGAUCAGUGCUGAUCAAUUCGAUCAGAAAUUAGCCGCACAGAUCAAUAGUGAACUGUGCUCACCACGAACUUCCCGAGAUCGAUUACCUGCAUUUGUACCUGCCACACAAGCGCCAGCACCAUCAAACGAGACAACCACGCAGUCUAUCGCACGAACAACAACACGCUAUCCGAUGCCAGCAACACCACAAAAAUCAAAUCUCACGUGUAAUCCGAAUGUGGCCAUCGUGAUGGACGCCUCGAACGCCACCGGCAUCGCAGAUAUUCAUCAGGCAAUCCCUCCACCCGCACGCAGACAAGCGUCGUGCAUUACCAUUUCCGCUUUCAACAACACCGCCGCACGUUGUCAUGUGCGCUUUAGGCCACGCCCAUUCUGUUACGCUGGCUUCGGCCAUGCCCUAGCACCCAGUGGGCGUGGCUACGCGCACGCGCGCGUGAUCUUGCGUACGGGUNGAUAUUCAUCAGGCAAGUUACCUUUAGUCCGUUGCCUUCUC